CUGACCAACCAUCAUCCUCUACUGUGUUCAAUCUCCACCGCUUCAGCUUCAGCUCAACAACACAAACCCCUAACCAAUUUUCCCGCCAAAUCACAACGCCCAACUUUCUCAACCGUUAAUUUCCACCCCAACCACCCUCCUCCUCCUUCAUCUUCAGGUCCAAAUCUGGUGGUUGGAAGGAGAGGGCUAGUAUCCAUAGCCACUUUGCCAUGUCUUGUUCCCCUGACUCAGAUUAUGGGUUGUCUCCAAGCAUACGCUGCACAGCCUAGUACGAAGGAAUAUCUUCUAAUUAAAGAAGAAGUAAGGAAGGUAUUGUCGAAGGGAAAAGCUGCAGGCGUGCUUCGUUUGGUUUUCCAUGAUGCAGGAACCUUUGACAUGGAUGACAAGACAGGUGGUAUGAAUGGUUCUAUAGUUUAUGAACUUGAAAGACCUGAAAAUUCUGGCCUAAAAAAAUCAAUAAAGGUUCUUCAGAAAGCAAAGAUUCAAAUAGAUGCUAUCCAACCAGUAUCCUGGGGGGACAUGAUUGCUGUUGCUGGCGCCGAAGCAAUCGAAUUAUGUGGAGGUCCAUCAAUCCAAGUUUCUUUGGGCAGACUAGAUUCACUGGGGCCUGACCCUGAAGGUAAACUUCCUGAGGAAUCUCUCAGUGCUUCCAGUUUGAAGAAAUGCUUCCAGAGAAAAGGCUUUUCAACACAAGAACUUGUAGCUUUGUCUGGAGCCCACACUCUUGGAAGUAAAGGUUUUGGAAGCCCAACUUCUUUUGACAAUGCAUAUUAUAAGAUUCUUUUGGAGAAGCCUUGGGCAAAUCCAGGUGGCAUGUCAAGUAUGAUUGGCCUUCCUUCAGAUCACGCACUUGUUGAGGAUAACGAAUGCUUAAGAUGGAUCAAGAAAUACGCAGAAAAUGAGAACAUAUUCUUUGAAGAUUUCAAGAAUGCAUAUGUCAAGCUGGUGAAUUCUGGUGUGAGGUGGAAUAGCCUAUAAAUUUUAGAAAUUGAAUGUAAGCCGUUAUUUAUUUAUUUGUUUUUGGUGAUUUUCUGUUGAUGUUUAUGCAAAGUCUUAGUGAAUGUUUAGGGAGCUCAUAAUGUUUUGCCCACCAAGUAUAUAUAUAUAUAUACACAAAACAAAAAGUAGUUAAACCUAUUCAACUUUUGUCACUAGAGUAAUGAUGCAUUAUUUCGAAAAUUAAAUGGAUGACAAAAGUUAUUAUUGGCCUUAUUUGACCAAUACCAUUCUUAGGA